GCCCUCCCCCUCGUGUGUGUGUGUGUGUGGUGUGCGCGCGUGUGAGAAAGCAGAAGCGACUCCGCUUAUUAAAACGGCAUAGCCUAGCCUACACCUUCGGAGUCAGCGUAGGCCAGGAGAAAGAGACGUUCGAGGCUUAACGCAAGAAAAAGAAUAGCUAAAAACAGCCAACAUAGGCUGUGUCUGCGCAUUCAAACAGGUAUUCACUUUGAGUGUGUUGCAAGUGGCAAGACAACGAGGAUGACGGCUGGUCAAAUCAGUGCAGUGCCAUGAGAAUGUCAUUCGCGGUCAAUCACAGCUGCAACUAAUAGAAUAAUCGCUACCUGUUGAACGGUCAAAGGUAAGAAGACCAUUAUCAGUGGAUCUGUUUGCAUUCCGUGCUUUAAUAUGACAUCGUAACUAUGCUCACUGGACCUGACCACUGAAGACUGAGACUGUUGUGAUAGGACUCUUUUGUGACUGAUAGUCAUCUGGACCAAUAGCAAUCAACACCUUGGACUAGUAUAUAACCAGUAAUUGGACCAAUAAGUUACCAGUUCCACAUCCCCAACCCACUCUACCUGGACUCAUGGCUUCUUAUAGCCCCGCCCUUACGCAGGAAUCACCGGCAGAGGUGACCAAUGGCACGGGCCCAUUGAAGUCAGGUGACUCGCAGGAGUCCAUGAAGUUGAAGAAAGAGAUCUCGCUGCUGAACGGCGUCUGUCUGAUCGUGGGCAACAUGAUUGGCUCGGGCAUCUUCGUGUCGCCCGUGGGCGUGCUGAUGUACAGCGGCUCGUACGGCCUCUCGCUGGUUGUCUGGGCGCUGGGUGGCAUCUUCUCGGUCUUUGGCGCCCUCUGCUACGCCGAGCUGGGCACCACCAUCACCAAGUCGGGCGCCAGCUACGCCUACAUCCUGGAGGCCUUCGGAGGCUUCCUGGCCUUCAUCCGCCUGUGGACGUCGCUGCUCAUCAUCGAGCCCACCAGUCAGGCGGUCAUCGCCAUCACCUUCUCCAACUACAUGGUGCAGCCCAUCUUCCCAACAUGCAUUGCUCCCUACUCUGCUAACCGCCUGCUGGCUGCAGCCUGCAUCUGUUUACUGAGUUUUGUGAACUGUGCGUAUGUGAAAUGGGGAACACGCGUUCAGGACUUCUUCACCUACGCCAAGGUCAUUGCCCUCAUCGCAGUCAUCAUCACUGGACUGGUCAAGAUCUUCCAAGGUCACACUCAGAACUUUGAUGACAUGUUUGACGGCUCGUCCCAGGACCCAGGGGCCAUUGCUCUGGCACUCUACUCCGCCCUGUUCUCCUACUCCGGCUGGGACACACUCAACUUCGUCACCGAGGAGAUCAAGAACCCCGAGAGGAACUUGCCCUUAUCUAUUGCCAUAUCGAUGCCCAUAGUCACUGUGAUCUACAUCCUGACCAACGUGGCCUACUACACAGUAUUGCCAAUGAACGCCAUCCUGGACAGUGAUGCCGUGGCCGUGACGUUUGCAGAUCGUGUGUUUGGGGUCAUGAACUGGACCAUCCCUCUGGCCGUAGCCCUGUCCUGUUUCGGGGGACUCAACGCCUCCAUCCUCGCCGCCUCCAGGUUGUUCUUCGUGGGCUCCAGGGAGGGCCACUUGCCAGAGUACCUGUGCAUGAUUCACGUCCAUCGAUACACCCCCAUCCCAGCUCUCCUCUUCAACGGUGCCAUGGCGUUGGUAUACCUGUGUGUGGAGGACAUCUUCAGGCUCAUUAACUACUACAGCUUCAGCUACUGGUUCUUUGUGGGGCUGUCCAUCUUGGGGCAGCUCUACCUGCGCUGGAAACAACCGGACAGGCCUCGGCCGCUCAAGCUGAGUCUGGCCUUCCCUAUUAUCUUCUGCAUGUGCACGGUCUUCCUGGUGGUCGUGCCCCUCUACAGUGACACCAUCAACUCCCUGAUUGGCAUUGGCAUCGCCCUAUCAGGAGUGCCUGUCUACUUCCUCUGCAUCUAUACUCCCGGCCACAAGCGGCCUCUGUGGCUGCGCAAGGCUAUUGCUUCCUCGGGCCUCCUGAUUCAGAAGGUGUGCUAUUCCGUCCUGACGGAGAUGGACAUAGACGAGCCAAAGAUGGACUGAGACUGAGGUUCAACACGUCUGCGCAGGACCUAGGAGUGUUUCUCCUAUCCUCUCAGACUGGGUCGCCAUUGGACAACCACCACCAUACUACACUCCACUCACGGCCAAUCAGGAACUUGUUUGGUUCCUGAUGACCGUGCAACACUCCACACAAACAUCCAAUCACAAACUCUUUUGCUUCACGGCCAUGCAACGUUCCACUUGCACAACCAAUCACAAACUCUUUCGGGUCAAUGGCCAAGCAGCAAUCCAGCCAAUCGGAUACUAAGGACACCUGAGAGGCAGAAUGAUGCAUCAUGGGACCAGCGUAGAGAUACUUCCCGAUUCAGUGUAUACCAUAUAAAGGCAUUCCAAGGCAUGUUAUAUUUAAUUAUUUUUCAGAGUUAACUAUAAAUGGGAUGACAUAUUGAAAUGACUAUAUUGAUGGAUACAGUAUUUGGGCAAAUGGUAGUAUGUAUAGCACUAGUAUGAAUACCUGUGUAAGGUAUGAGAAAAAACCAAGGUGGGCAUUAUUAAAUAUUAUAAACCAAAA